UCCCCGAAUUCCAGGACAUCGUAUCGGUUCCGCAUACGCAACAUAUCGUGGAGAAUCGGAUGAAGUUCGAGUCUUUCUUCGGCUUUUCUGGGGUGCAACUUAUGACGUAGCAUUGUAGUAUAUGCUUUCCGGGGAGCUUGGAGAAUGAUUGGAAAAUUUGUAAAUUCCCGUCUAGGACAUUUUCCAUCGGCGAACGUAAGUCUAGUUGCAGUGCGUAGGCGGUUGUCGUAGACGUUACCACCACGUGUUACGUUGUCUGCUCGAAUUUUUUUUCUGUAUAAACAUAAUACACAUAUAUUCAAAAUAAUAAUCACAUAUAAGCUAUAUAAGCAAACUAUUGUUCAGGUACCUUCAAAAUUGCGUUUUCUCCGGAGAAAUAAAUACAAAGCCAAUUUUUCGAAUCCUUUCUAUUAAAAAGUUCAGUGAGAUGAUAUCAACAUCAUCCGUCUUGUGAUAAAAUUUUCGGGGGUUGCGUCUCGCAGCGCUCGUAUUCCGCUGGUCCAUUCGCCAAGUGUAGUGAAAAGCGAAAGUGAAAUCAUCUGAUUAAUUCCUUUUUGGAAAGCAAACAAGGAAGUAGAGUGUAAAGCUCUUGAAAAAUGAAGAUCUGGGAAAUCUAUUUUUAAGCUAAAUACUCAGUCGAUGGGAUUUCGAACGACAUUCGCCUUUAUGGAAAAUAUGGAAUGAGAUGUUCAUCAAACUCGAAGUUAUGUUCAAAUUUCAACAUUACGCCAGCUUUAUUCGAUAAUCUAAACAAACUUAAAUUUUCCAUGAAAGUUUUCCCUUAAACAUUAUCCGGCACAUAUUAAACUGAUCAACCUGAAUGGAGUUCCUUCCAAUAUGAAGGGAAUAUUACCGCUUUGAGGUGUUCGAGACAACACUUGGGAAUCUACAAGUAUACCAUACAUAUAUUCAUGUACACAUAAUUUAUGUGUAUGUGCACCAUAAAUAUUUUCGCCGUUUUUGUGAUCAAUAUCCUGCGUGAGGCAGCAGAAACGGGGUUUUUCUGAAUUACCGAGUGAAAAAUUUCGAACAUAAUCUGAGACGAAAUCGUGAUUGUGAAGCUGAUACUCAAAUUGUGGAUUUAUUAAAAUUAAUAAUACAAAAAGGUUGUGAUGAACCAAUGUGCGUAAAUCUCCUGAAAGGAAUUCAGUUAUAUGUCGAAUCUCGUGUACACGUACGUAUGCCUGAAAAGAUGAUAAAUGUUUGAGAGACAUCGCGCCUGAAAGCCCAAGAAAUUAGUGGAUAACUUUUAUUUGAACCGGAAGAAGAGCAGAUAUUUGUGUGGCUUUUUCUGAUACUUGCGAAUAACGAACAUAAACGAUUUAAUGACAAUACUAGCAACAAUGACCACAGCGCUCCCGUCGAAAUGCACGACUAACACGGAUCAAUUGGCAAAUAAUCCGUUCGAUGAGUUUGUUCAGAACCGUGGGAGAUCAGGACGAGCUGGUAGCUUAGCUUUACCAAAUAAUUCUUUACUGGAUUUAUACGACAAAGAGCAGGAGCAGUGUAAUUCACUAGUAUUAUUACCACCAAAUGCUAAUCUCAGGCGACAUUCAUCGCACAAUUGUCCAAUUAUGGACGAUAAACCAGUGCGCCCUGCUAUAUUUCAAAUUGACUUGAUUGAGAGAGCAGCCCCUUCGACUACUCUAACUACUACAACUACAUCAACUGCUACUGUUCAACAACCUCCGCCGGUUCCGAAGCGAACAUUCAAAGGAAAAAUAGCAACCACGAAACAAUCAACAGCAAUUAUCGAUGGGAGUGGCAGUGAAUCGUUCCAAUAUUCACAAGAUUUCCACACGAACCGAGAGAUCAGUUCUCAAAAGACUUCAUACAAGAAAUCAUACAAUAGUAAUGAUGUCCCAGAAAUCAAUACUCCCAGCAAUUUCAUAACAACAGGAGAUUUGAAUGGAGGGCACAUUAGUGAUGAUGACCGGAUUAGCUUGGAAAAUUCUGUGUUUGAAGAACUUCAUCCGUCUGAUUUGCUUGUUAUGAACAAUUCUGGUUACUCCAAUCGAUCCUCUAGUGACUCAAAUAAAUCACAGACAACAGUCGAUACUGGAUACAUUUCUUCCACGACAGAAUAUGAAAAAGCUUUCAUUCCAGAUUCACGUAUGAACUAUAGAAGUCGAUUCUCAUCAGUUGAUACUCAAUCUUCCUUAGAUAGCUGCCUAACAGAGAAGACUAUGGAUUCGCCGCUUUCAAAGGAAUCAUUCAAAUUAGAAUCAGGACGUUCGUCUUCACAAAAUGAGACUCCACCUAAUUCGGCGUUUUUUGUGAAAUCUCCAAGAGCUCUUCCGGCUAUUCCCGCCCGUAAAUCAAUGACAGCACCAACCAAGAUACCACCACCAGCACUCCCGUCGAAACCAACAAGGUCAACACCGCCUGCGCCUCCUCUUCGAUCCCAACAAUCAAUUGAAUCGGGGAAGCUGCAAAAUCAUGCAACUUCGAAUAAUUCUAAACUGUUGUCAAACUUCGGACGAUCUACGGAUAAUAUGGUACAGGAUAAUGUUUAUAACAAAGCGAUGACUAUUCGAAAUAAAUUAAGUAGAGGAAACAAACCACCCCCUAUCUCCUAUCCAAAGUUACAUCAACGACAGGACUCUAGCAUUUCUAACGAUAGUUUUUCAAUAACAUCGAGUCCUGGCUAUAAUUGCAAGUCUAUGGAAGCUCCACUACUCCAACAUGCUUCAAAGAUUAAUAAGAACGGACUAAGGCAUCAGGAUUCAAACGAUAGUUUUGUAAUGACACCGCGUUAUAAUUUUCAACAACAGCAGACAGCACACAAUAAGUUUAAUUGUCGACAAGAUUCCAAUAUAUCGAGCGAUAGUUUCAGCCAAACAUCCAGCCCAGGUUAUAGCACAAAAAUAUUAGAAGCUCCACUCUUGCCGCAUACAUUAAAAAUUUGUAAUGUGAAACAAAAUUGCAAAAUACCAGACGAGAUUAUAAAAGAACCUGAUCAAACUCCUUCUACUUCUCCAAUCACGAAAAGCGCGUCAACACCAGCAAGUUUGCAAACCGUAGUACGGUUUCAGAAUGGAUCCAACAUGUCUCUUCAACAUAGGAUAAUUAAUAGACGCAAAAGUUCGAAUCCUUAUGUUACCCAAGGACGCUUGAAGUUCCGUCUUUUUCAAAUUUUAAUAAAUGCAGUUGCUUUGCUUGCUAUCGCUGGCGGCUUAGCUGCGUACUUCAAUGCAUAUCCUACAGUGAAGUUUAUCAACAAAACUAUAAUUACCCCAGCUAAGCGAUUGGUUGAAGAAACUCCAUCACAUACCGGUAAAAAUCCUGCACCUGGUGUCUGCCUUCCAGUUAUAGUCAAAUUCUGCUUGAAUCACCAACUACCAUAUAACUAUACUGUUUUUCCAAAUUAUAUAGGACAUUUUGGUCAGCCUGAAGUCCAAGUUGAACUAGAAGCUUUUGAUGCUCUUGUAGACGUCCAGUGUUAUGAAUUAGUCGCAUUGUUUUUAUGUUCAUUGUUUGUCCCGAAAUGUGGUUCAACUGGAAGUACAGUGCCACCAUGUAAGACGCUUUGCGAGGAAACAAUGAGACGGUGUGGAUUUUUCUUUGACGUUUUCGGAUUGGAUUUACCUGAAUACUUAACAUGCAACUUAUUUCCGGAUACAAGUAAUCCCGAGGAAUGCGUCGGGGUGCAGCAAGUCCGGGAGGUGCGACUACGUGCUCAAAAACCAGCUUGCAGCGGCUUUUUAUGUGAUCAGAAACGUUGUAUACCAUCAGACUGGCGAUGUGAUGGCCAUGUAGAUUGCAUGGAUCAAACAGAUGAAUCCCAAUGUUCGUCAUGCGGAAAUGGUUCCAUUUACUGCGGCGAAAAACGAUGUAUGAGCCAAAAACAUGUAUGUGAUGGGGUAAUGGACUGUCCGUGGGGCCAGGAUGAAAGAAAUUGCGUACGGCUAAGUGAGCGCAAUGGAGAUCUUGGUAAAGGAACGUUAGAAGUUUAUAGGGCCGACAUUAAAUUAUGGGCUCCAGCUUGUGUGACAAACUGGGAUUCAGCAGCAUCGCCUACGGCUGUUUGCUCUAUGUUAGGCUACAGCUCUGUGAAUUCGAGCCGGCUUAAAAUGAGGGGUUCGAAUAUUACAAUGAAUCCUUCUACAAAAAACUCUCGAGCUAUGAUGAGGAUGAAUAACGAGAAGAACAGUAACUUAAUGAAGGAGUUUGCGAAAUGUGGUGGUAAUGGAGAAUAUCCAGUAGCCGAAUUAACCUGUACCAAUUUUCAAUGUGGUAAAAUUAGAAUUCGACGGCUAAAACCGAAAUUUAGAGUUGUAGGAGGCACGGAAGCAGCUCCUGGUGAUUGGCCAUUUUUAGCAGCGAUUUUGGGAGGACCAGAGGAAAUAUUUUAUUGCGCUGGAGUCCUUAUUGCCGAUCAAUGGGUUUUGACAGCUUCGCAUUGCAUUGGAAAUCACACCCGACGAAAACUGAAUGAUUGGACAAUCCAGCUGGGCAUUACAAGACGACAUUCUCAUACUUAUUAUGGUCAGAAGGUGAAAGUACGUAAUGUCAUUCCACAUCCUCAAUAUAACUCAUAUGUUGCUCAUGAUAAUGAUAUAGCGUUAUUCCAACUAGCCACUCGAGUCGCUUUUCAUGAGCAUCUGUUGCCAGUUUGCUUACCUCCACCUGAUUUGAAGGAAAUAAAACCAGAAACAAACUGUACGGUCAUUGGAUGGGGAAAACGAGAAGAUAAGAACAUGAAUCCUAAUGCUGCAAAUGCGUCUUACGAGCCUACUGUUAAUGAAGUGGUGGUGCCCGUUCUUAAUCGUGAUUUGUGUAAUGAAUGGCUCGAGACGCUCAAUGUCACUGAUGGUAUGAUAUGCGCUGGAUAUCAGGAAGGCGGCAAGGAUGCUUGCCAGGGUGACUCUGGGGGUCCUUUGCUUUGCAAGCACGAUGAUCGGUGGUACGUAGGCGGAAUAGUCUCAUGGGGUAUCAUGUGCGCUCAUCCGAAACUUCCUGGCGUCUAUGCGAAUGUUCCCAAAUAUGUUCCGUGGAUAAAACAGCAAAUUAAUCGUUAUUCAAAGUCAAAUUUCGACAAUAAUAUUGGAUAUUAAUCGUUAUAAAAAUAUCAUUUCAUAAACUCAUAUUUGGUUCAUUGAAAGUAUUAGUAAUUGAGAUAAUUUUGUUCUGGCAAAGACAAUAAGCAAAGGACAGACGAUAUAAAACGGUCCUGGUCAACGUCAAUUUUUCGAAUUUACUACAACUUUAACUUGAUAUCGACUCAAACAGACAACAAGUAUUAAUAUGUACUAUAUACGAUGGGAGAAUAAACCCGAAUAAAUCAGUUGUAUUAUAGUCCCAAUUGUGAUGCUUGCAUGCUACUCUCAACUUCAAUAUAAUUUAUUAAAGAAUGAAGAAAAAUGUUGUAAAAUUAUUGGUAUUUGUAAUAUGAAUUUUGUUGUCGCAAGAGCUAGAACUGGAAGCUUCAUUGCAAACUAAUUUACGCUCAAUUUAUCCUAUUUGGAUAGUUUUGUAUUCCUAAUCAAUAAAAAAUAUCAAUUAGAACAAUCAAUUUUUAUAUAAAAAUAUGUAAAAUAACGGGGGAAAUAUUCUAAAAAAGAUGUUUGAAUGUAUUUUUAUAAAACCUUAAAUAGCUGAUAUCAUUUCUCAAUUAAAAAGAAGGCAGAACAUGAAAUUUUGAAUUUCAAAACCGCAGCGUAACCAAACGUAAACGAUUUAGUUGAAUGCCAAGAUACUAACAAUUUGAAAUUAUUACCUCAGCUGUAAUGUAUUUUUUAAUGGGAAGCGCCCCUGAAAAAAGCACCAAAAAACUAAGUCGUGAGCACUAUAUUUAGGCUAAACAAGCUGCUAGCCAAGAUUGGCUGGCAUUAGCAGUGCAAGCCCGCUCGUACCUAAGUACAUAUCCGCUAUAAUAAUCAAUUCGAGAAAGAGGGCUGCUGUUGUUGCGCGUCUGCCACUCCCAUCACGUUUAUUAAAAUCCAAUUAUUAAAUUUGAGGUUCAGAUAUGGCAAGAUUUAAUGUUUUGCCUUGAGGGAGAAUCGAGUUUUAUAAAUUUGUACACGAAACAGGAGUUAGAUAAGCGCUUCUAUCAUCUCAAUUCAAAAAGAAACCAUUUUUUUGGAUUCCGGUGCAAAAUUAGAAAGGAUAGUGUUCAGAACUUAUCUUUAUAUAUCAUAUCGCUUAAGGAACAAUAAAGUUUUUAAACUAUGUUUGGCAGUUCAACUAAUGAUAAGUGUGAAAAUUUCAAUGAAAAAUUACCAAUAAAAUGAAAGUCAUUAUUCUAUAUUUUAUUUUUUAUACCGAAAAUUUUUCUAACAAAAGUAUGAAGAAAAUUAAUAAAAACUAAACUGAUAUAUGUUUAUAACUGGGAUUAUAACAAAGUAAUAUAAACUGCUAAGGUUGAUCAAACUUGUUCAGAAAGUAUAUUUGAAACAACAUAUGACAAUAAUGACGUCAAAAAAUAAAUAAAAUACAAAAAUGUAAGGAAGAAAACUAUCAAAUGUAGAAAUGCAGAUUUAUAAGACAAUAAGAAUAGAAGUACAUUUAUAAUCCGUAUGAUAAUAUGACAAUAUGCAAGACAAAUAAUCAAAUGACCUAUCUGAAAAUAAUAUGUAUUGAAUUCUAUGACAAUGCACUGACAAUAGAAAUAUCUAUGUAGACAAGAAUAUAUAUAGGAAAUAAAUAUUAGCUUUAGAUAAUAUAUCACUAGUAAAUGAAUAUUAUGACAAUAAAGAAUAGUAUUUACAUGUACUCCUAUGCAUGAUUAUAAUGAGACUUUAGUACCAUGAACGAGAUAAUAUUAACGUAGUAGAUUAUCCAUUUAAAAGAAAAAUUAAAGUUGAUUUAAGCUAUCCGACAAAUGCGUGGGUUUCAGCUUUAAAGAAAAUAUUUAGAAGUUUCACAUAUGGCCUAAAAGAGAUUUUCAUGAAUUUUCUAUGAAUGGAAAAGGUCUGUUUUUACCAAAACCAAUAUAAAACAUGAGAAGAUUGAAUUUUAGCAACAGUAAAAAAUACAGUAUUCCAAGAUUUACGUCAAUUGCAGAAAACGAAAACAAACUUCUUGAAACAACAUUAGAUCUUCCUCCACUUACCAAAAUCAAUGAAUCGUCUCUAUUUUCCGAACAAAGUAGGAAAUGUAAGCCUUUUGAACCCAAAAACAAAUGAAAUCUUAAAGUAAUAGGAUAGAUAUAUGUUAAUAGUAAUUGAAAUAUUUGAUGCCUGUAUAGGCGAUACUAUAGACAAAAGCCUUUUCUAGUGUUUAUUGAUUUGGCUGCCUUCGUCUUUUUUCGACAAGUAUCAUGUUGCAAAAUUUUAUAUAACUGAAUUAAUGUUGUUUGGUUUUGCAUGAAGACACUCUGUUUUUCUUUCAAUCCGAAAAAGAUUAGUGUAGUUAUAUCUACUAUGCGUCUUUAGAUAUUCGGUAGGUUAGAAUUUCAAAUCUGAGCUGAGCAUAGCGGAACCAGAUAACUGAACGUGUUAUAGCCCAAACGAUGGAAGACAGUGAACCUGAUGAGGGUACCCACCACUUCAAAUGAUAGCGUUUAAAACAGCGGAAGGUUUUUAAAAGUGUAUUUUUCAAAUGUUCAAACAAAAAACUUCGAAAUGGGCCUUACUAUAUAUGCUUGCUAGAGGGAAUGCAAUGAUAUUUCUCUUUAAAAUAACCCAAUCUCGAUGGCGUUACAAAGUCAUAUUUUUUUUGUAUUCUGUAUUCAUUUAUUCAUGAAAUCUCUAACUUAGUCACGGGGCCUAGACUGUAGUGAAGAAAAGGUCCUCUACCCUCUUAUACCCUUACACGAUAUUCCUCAGAUUUGUUUUGUCUGAGAUUAGAAAAUAAAUUAUCUACACAAGUUAGUACAUUCGAAGUUAUGAAAGCGAUACUGAAGACUAUUCGUUUGGAAAAGUUAUUUGCAAUUACACAAAUUUCCUAAAGCCGACCUCGGCUCUAAUACGUUCAGUGUCUAGAGUUGUAAUUUAUGUUGAAAUGAAUUUAUUAUAUAAUCAGUAAUGAAACGCACAUAAUAGUCUAUCCUUAUACAAUACAUCAAUGUGUACAAGUACCUAACACUAAGAAAAAGUAAGAAAACCAUGUUUGUAGAAAAUGCUUACGCCUAAUAGAAAUUAAUAUCUAACGCUAUUCCACAAACGUAGUCCAUACACAUUUAUGGCAUUAUUGAAUAUAUUUGUCAGUGCGGGUGUUUUAUAUUUGCCAUGCUGAUCAUAUGAGGACUUGUUGUAGUACUGAUAGUAUAUGCAAUGCUCUCCAAAUUUUCGGAAUAAGUGACUUUGUUGAAAUAGAGUAAAAAAUUAUUACUUGAUUUUUUAUAGCAUAAUUUCAUGUGUUGUUUUCCUUGACAAAUAUUGACAUUGCCAAAUAUGCGUUCCCACAUUAGAAUAUGUAGCUACGGUUGUAUUACAAGUGACUGAGGUAUAUUCCAUAGACACCUAUCAUGAAAGGAUCUGUUCAUUUACCAUUAAAAGUGUCAAUAUUCUAGUUUGAAAGAAGAUCUGAAAGUUCAAAACAACAACAAGCACCGAAUAUUAUCAAUUUUAAAAGGCACCAUAAUUGAGAAAAACUCUGUUUCAUCUUUAAAGAAAAUUUUCAAAUUUUAAAUUUCAAAUUGUUCCCCAUUUAGAACGCUUUACAUUUAUGUCUGAUCUGCUUAUAUAUAAGUACAUUUCCACAUGCUACACUCACUGGUUUUCAAAGUUUUAUUAUUAUCAUUUUUCUUUCGUUCUCAUUUUUAACUAUUUAUAGGUUUGUGCGACUCACUAUUACAUCAUCGUCAUUCAUAACAAGUUGUAACAAUCGGAUACGAGAACCACUCUAAUACUUAAAUUUAGUUCAUUAAAUGCUUUCAGCAAACGCUUACAACAGUGCUUUUAAUAUUAGUAGCGAAUGAAAGAUGUUUAAUGGAACCGUAGACAAUAUUAUUAAAAAAAUGUUAUAAAAAUGAAUACGUAUAAAUAUUUUCAAUUUGCGGAGAAACAGUAUUACAUUAGCCAGAGUAACUAAGGAAAUAAAUUUUCUAGACAAACUUUAUACAGGCAUAUAUAUACACGUAUAUAACAUGAAACCGCAUGCAACCCGUAUAAAAUGUAGAGCUAUAAACGAUGUUGCACAAAAGUUGCAAAAGUUUAAAAUGCUUUGAGGAUAUUUAUAUGGUUGUCUAUUUUUUUAAAUAACAACAAUAUAUAAUAUAUAAAUAUUCUUGAAAGAGAGACAAGUAAAUUAUUCAAAAGUAGAAAUCCAACCAAAGUGUAAAAGCUUUAGUUUCUUAUUACACAAACUGUAAAAUACAGUGAAUCGUUAAUUGUGCUACAUAUAAUAUAAAGAAAUAUGUGUGAUAAAUACUUCAAAAAAAUUAAGACAACUAUAAAAUUUACAUAUGUGAAAUCAGAAAAAUGAACGAAACAUAAUCAAUGACAAUAAACUAUUGAACUAAAUAUAUACAAAAAUGUUUGUAGAAUGUAAGCAGUAAAGCAAAUCACUUUAGUUGAUUGAAAAGUGACUUUUAGAGACAUUUUAAAAAAAAAAUUUAUUGAGCAAAUUAAAUAUUUUAAAAGACAUUUACAUAAUAUAUACAUACAAGAAUUGAUAAGAGAAGAAAUUGAGAAAAGAAACCUGGGCUUUACAUUAUUCGAUUUCCCCACAUCAGAUUGUUGUUUAAGUUCGCAGCCGAAAGUGUAUAAACUCAUUCACCUCAAGUUCGCAAGUUUCAUUAACGGAUUUAUAUCUUUACAUAAACUCCAAAAAACACAUAUUUAUUACCAUUACCCAGAGAAAUUGAAAAGUGUCAAGAUAAUUCUUGAAAUAUAUAAAAGUGGCCGCUGUAUGGAAAUGCACUUAUUAAAUUUUGCACAAAAAUGUCGAAAGUUGAUUAGUUCAUUGGAUUAAACCGUUAGACAAUAAAUAUUUGAAGGUGUAGGUGGAGACAAAUAGUAUAUAUUUAUUAUUUUGAAAUCAAGAAUGAAAAACGCAUCACACUGAAACUAUAUGGAUGGUAUGCGCAAAAAUAGAUGUCAUUUGUACUACUGUAACAGUGGAAGAAACUGGACAUGAUUGAAACAUAUUUGUAUUGAUGUUGAAUAAUAAAUGGUGUGUAAUGCUAAAUUCUCAUUUAAAUCAUUGUCAAACACAUUAGUGAGUUUUCAAGGCUACUUCUCAUGCAUUCGAAAGGCAGGGAGACCUGCUUUUGCCUUUCUUUAGGUAAGUAGACCACAAAGGGAAAACCAUUGAGUCCAAAAUAAUAUUGCUAUUACUUUUGAAAUUGGUAAUAAUGCAAAAAAGAAGUGAGGGGUAGAAUGAAGAGGGAUCAGAUAGGGACAGGUCAGAUACAUGUAAUAGAACUGCCUUGAAGACGCGAACUACAAUAGAAUGCAUGUACUUUGAGGCAAGAUAUAGAUCUUACUCUUGUGACUGAAAGCUAGAGCUGGCAGUGGCUAGGCCGCACGUUCAUAAGGAACGACGUUUAUAUUACUAAAUCUUUUUUCUAGCCGCCGGCAAGGCCGUUCUAAAA